UGUUUUUAAAAAUUUCCGAAACAAGUGAGGAUAAAGAGGUAGGGAAAAGAUGAUCUCACUGCCACUGGGUGUGGCGGAUGUGUACCUGACCGAUGGAACACAUAACUGGUUGGGUGACAGAAGAAGAGAAGAGAAAGAAGGAAAGAGUGAAGGGGAGGAGAGGGGACUAAUUGGUCAUACAAAAGGGGAGGGGCACACAGACGGAAACAUCCUGUAAACAAAUGAAGCCUAGUGUUAGGUAAAAGUUACCGAAGGUAGAAGAAUUGACUGAACCAGUCAGACAGGGCUCAGCAUUCUGAAAGCAGCUGUUUAAAAAAAUAAAAGCACAUCAAUGGAGGUAUAUGAAAAAGACACGGAGAGUUAACGAAGACCGAACAAAGGAAGCUCUCGGGUGACCAGUGAUCAGCUGCAGCCAAGCCAAAAGAAGCGCCACAAAAAUCCAGGAAACCAAACGAGUACUCCUCACAGGUCUGUGAACAUUAUUUAAGACGUUGCAACGACCUCUGUUUCUACAUCAUGGCCUCCACCGCAAUUCAGAUGUUGGCCAGUGUCCUGUGCCUCAUUGGUUGGAUGGGGACCAUCAUCUGCUGCCUACUACCCAUGUGGAAGGUCACUGCCUUCGUCGGCACCAGCAUUGUUACCGCACAGAUAGUCUUGGAGGGCAUCUGGAUGGCUUGUAUAACUCAAAGUACAGGACAAAUACAGUGCAAGCCCUAUGAGUCCGUCCUCGCACUGACCUCUGACCUUCAGGCAGCGAGGGCUCUCACUGUCCUUGCAAUUUUUAUGGGAGGUGUAGGCCUCAUUCUGGCCUUUGUUGGAGGAAAGUGCACGCGCUUCUUGGAUGAUGAAGAAGCUGGGAAAAAGGAAAAAGUGGCUAUUGCAGCAGGUGUAGCGCUGCUAGCUUCGGGGCUGUUCUGUCUGAUUCCCACAGCUUGGGCUGCCGCGGUGAUAGUGAAGCAGUUUUAUAACCCUUCUUCGACUUCUCAGCCGUGGGAGCUGGGAGCCUGUCUUUAUAUUGGUUGGGGAGCAUCAGUUUUGCUUUUCCUUGGAGGCUGUUUGUUUAUCAAGUCUGCAUGUUCGUUCAAAGCCAACAUUAAGGACAAGAGUCCCUCUGUCCACUACAUGGUGGCUCGCUCCAACGGGUCUACCUAUCCAGGUUCUGGGUACAGCCGGGUGCCUUCAGCCCCCCAUCAGCCUAUUAGUAUCAUAACGACCAAGCCUCAAAGCUACAGAGAGAUGACUACAGCCCCUCCUCCAUAUGCAACUUCCCCAUUUGGUUCUCUGUCCAAGCCAGAGAUAACAGAGGAGUCCGAAAGAUCGUGGGCGCCAUCACCUAUGUCAGAACUGAGUGAGGCGCCAUCCACAAAAUCCCAGCUGGAGAAAAAAGAAAUGGAGGAGACUUUAUCAGCCAAUAGUGACACUGAAGAGGUUGCCCAAGAUGGAGCAAGAACAUACCUGUGAUGAGGGCAGAUGGAUAAAACACUUAUAUGUUUUGUUUAAAAAAGCGAUGUACGAGUUUUCUGUAACCUUUUAUUUAUGAAACCUGUUGGGAAUACUUUUGUUUCAAACAUUUUGAAGGAAAAACAUGCUAAUGCUAACUAUGUUCGUUAAAAUGAAGGAAAUGUGUCUUUUGUGCUCUUAAACUGACAACAAACAAACAACUAUGCAAGGUGCUUCCGACGAAAAUUUUUUUUAUUGUAAAAUCAAAUUUGAUAUGGCUUUCUUCCUGAGUGAUCACAUUUCCUUUACAGAAAUAAGUCACAUUUUAACUCAAAUUUCUUCCUUGUUCUUGAAGUCAGUUUGACGUCUAGUUUGAAAGGAAUUCCUGUUAUUUUUUCCUUGAAAAUGCUUUUUGUUUAAAAUUAAAUGUGAAAAUGGCUACAAAGAGUCACAUUGUUUUAUGUAGCUUUCAUUAACUGUUGUCAAUGUAGUUAAAAUCAUGGAAUCAACCUGGAUGUAUGAGAGUCUUCAUAGACAUUUUUCUAAAUUGAAUUAGCAGAAAUGUACUUCUACUUUUCAAAAAAUGUUAAACAUGUAUUGCACUUUUUUAUUUCUGAGUAUUUCCAAUUUAAAAAAUAUUUAUAUUUUUGUGUUUUAUUUGGAACUUUAAAUUCUGUCUACCUAAAAUCUUCCUGGACUGUCAGAGCUAUUUUUUCUUUCAACUGAGCACAGGUCAAACAGGUUUGACAGAGAGUGACACCUAAUGUUUUGUUAGUACAGAUGGAGUUUCUUUUGAAAAAAAA